UAGAUUUAGCUGUGAAUCUGCAGUAGAAGGAAUGAAGGCACAAAGCGGAGGUGGGUGACGCACAGCUUCCUCUUUCUGUGUUUCUGCUCCGCGACAGCUUCAGCAUGCCACCCAAGGAUAGCAAGCAGAAGAAGGAUACGUCCAAGGCCAAAAAGGACAAGGACCCAGUCAACAAGUCUGGAGGCAAGGCAAAAAAGAAGAAGUGGUCCAAAGGAAAAGUGAGGGAUAAGUUGAACAACUUGGUCCUCUUCGACAAGGCUACCUAUGACAAGCUGUACAAAGAAGUCCCAAAUUACAAGCUUAUUACACCUGCUGUGGUGUCUGAAAGGCUGAAGAUCAGAGGCUCCCUGGCCAGGGCCGCCCUCGUUGAGCUGCUCAGCAAAGGUAUGAUCAAGCUGGUGUCGAAACACAGGGCUCAGGUGAUCUACACACGUAACACCAAGGGCACUGAUGAGGGAGCACCAGAGAAGGACUCUUAAAGGAUGUUCUCUGGCUCAUCAAUGUGUUUUGUAUAGUUCAAUAAACUACAAAAAAUAAA